AUGGUAUCGGGAGCCGAGAAGCGUCGCCGAAGGCGCGAGGCAGCGGCAGCGGCCGCUUCUACUGAGGGUACCGCCUCGGACCCAGAUUCAGACGGCGAGCCACUUCAACCUGUGACAUACGAAGAAGGGCCACCCGCAGCGUUGCCGUCCACCAUCGACGCGUUCAGAUUGCGUGCCAGGCACCUCAGCAGUUCGAUCAAGAUCAUAGCGGAGACGUAUAAGAACGAUGUCUCUCAGGAUUGGGAGGUCGCUAAGGAACGCGAGGGAGCGUCGCGGGCGGGAGAGUCUUUGGAGAGGUUUGUGCGUCUCAACACCAAGAUAAUCACUCUCGAUCCCUGGGAGAACGCCGCUGUAGGCAAACCGGUAUUCUCAACCGGCUCCGCAAACCCUCUCACGCUCGACGUGAUACUCAUCCGCAGCAACCUAGCCUCCACCACCAAACCCGCCGUCCUGGCCGACCCGAGAUUCGGGUUCUACAUUGUGGCGAGAGACGGAGCUGUGAUACACAGGCGGGGGAACUGGUAUGUUAUGGCGGGCCCGCCGACGCCGGGCGAGGGAAGGCGGCUGGAGAGCUGGGAGAAGGUGUUUGGGUUGACGGCGAGGUAUACGGCGCCGUUUGAGAGGGCGGGUGGGGAGGGGGAUGGGCAGUCGAUGAGAGUGAUGGUCGCUUGA